AUGGUUUCUCUUUCCAAAGCAUUGUUCUCGAGUCUCUUGAGCUUACCAUUGGAUGUCUACAGACAAGUGGCCAACCCUGACUUAGCAGCCACCAGCCAGUACAAUAUCGUCAAGUACUUGUCGGGGGCUGGGCCGUUCUUAGAAUUCUCGGGGUACGGGAUUUCCACUGACUUGCCUGACAAUUGUACUUUGGAACAGGUUCAAUUGUUGAUGAGACAUGGGGAAAGAUUUCCUGGGUUACUGGCGGGGUUGGGAUAUGAAGCUAUUAUUGACCGGUUGCAGAGCUAUAACCAGACAAUUGUGGGACCAUUGGCGUUCUUGAACGAUUACGAGUGGUUUGUUCCUGACCAAGGCUUGUACGAGUAUGAGACCACUCCUGCUAACAGUGAUUCACCCUACAGCGGAUUUGAGACUGCUUGGAAAGCGGGUGCGACUUUUAGAAGCAAAUACAACUCUUUGUACAACGACUCGCAGAUAUUGCCGGUGUUUGCUGGUGCAAGUGCCAGAGUGGUCCAGACGGCCGACUUCUUCACCAGGGGAUUUUUGGGCGCCAACUUCACUAAGGACUACUAUGUGUAUAAUGUCAUCAGUGAAAAUGCCACCCAGGGUUUCAACACCUUGACCCCCAGAUGGGGUUGUACCAACUACAACAGCAGUGCAAACUCCGCCUUCGUCAAAGAGUUCCCUACUGACUACUUAGACACGAUUGUGGACAGAUUGGUGGAUGAGAAUGAUGGGUUGAAUUUGACCACUGCUGAUAUUCAAAGCUUGAUCCAAAUUUGCGGCUACGAAUUGAACGCGAAAGGGGCCUCACCCUUUUGUGAAUUGUUCACCCAGGACGAAUAUGUGACAAACAGCUACCAGAAUGACUUACUGUUCUAUUACUCGGCCGGCCCGGGCCAUAACUUGACAAAAUACGUUGGAUGGGUGCAAUUGAACGCUUCGUUGGCGUUAUUGAAAGAUGACGAUAACGAACAGAAAAUCUGGUUGAGUUUUAUCCAUGACACCGAUAUCGAGCUUUUCCAUAGUGCGUUGGGAUUGUUCGACACUAUCGAGCCUUUGCCUAACGACCAAGUGAGAUUCACUGACACCUACCACCAUAUUGAUCCUAUUCCUAUGGGCGCCCGAGUCAUCACUGAGAAGUUCAGCUACAGCAAUGAUGGUGAGUCCUACGUGAGAUUCAUCAUCAACAACUCCGUCAAACCUAUCAAGGGCUGUAGCAGCGGUCCUGGCUUUUCGUGUAAAUUGUCUGACUUUGAAGAGUACGUGGAAGAAAGGUUUGGGGACUUUGACAUGGAAGAUGUGUGUGCCCCUAACCCCGACUAUCCUCAAGACUUGACAUUCUACUGGGACUGGCAAGGAAACGAGGCGUAUAAUAUCACUGCUCCCAGAAUUGUUAACUAA